AUGUUCGCAUGUCGCAGGUUCAUGCCCGCUGAUGCGUUGUGGACUCUUGCCAUGGCAUGCAAUGUCUACUUGACCUUCUUCCACAAAUAUAACUCAGAACAGCUGCGACAACUGGAGUGGAAAUACGUGCUAUUCUGCUAUGGCCUCCCCUUCAUCCCGGCGUUCGUUUAUUUCUUCAUAGAAACCGAGGCUCGAGGGAAGGUUUACGGCUCAGCCAUACUCUGGUGCUGGGUAUCGCUCCCCUGGGAUUUUCUUCGCAUUGCGGUCUUCUAUGGUCCAGUCUGGUUCGUCAUUUUCUUGACAUUUAUCAUCUAUCUGCGUGCUGGCAGAGUGAUUUUCCGAAAACGACGGCAACUCCAGGAGGCUGGGCAUUCGGAUUCUUUUGGCGAGAUUGACAGCCCUAAGGAGCCCACUUUUUCCAAAAAUACGGAGAUACAUGUCACCAGCGAGAUCACACAUUCCGGAAGUGAAUCUAAUCGAUUGACCAUCGCGAGCGUCAGCCAUAUACCGCAUCGAUACCUCAGCCCGUACUCGCCCUACUCUGUGACCAUUGAAGGUGGCAGUGCCUCUGGCAACGACGAUAAUGUGCCAAUGCGGACCUUGAGAAACAGUCAGCAGGAUCCAUACGCCCAGCGUCGCGCGACGGCGAGAGACGUGAACUCGGCCGCUUGGGCAUACACCAAAUAUGCGAUGCUUUUCUUCAUCGCACUGCUUGUCACAUGGGUACCCUCCACGAUCAACAGAUUGUACGCGCUGAUCUAUCCGCACAACUUCAACUUUGGUAUGAACUAUACGUCCAGUUUCGUCCUUCCGCUGCAAGGGUUCUGGAACAUCACCAACGACAAGCAGCUUCACCCUCCCCGCCUCCUCCAGCGCCUGUCCCCCUCACACCAGGCCCACGCGCGUCGCGUCUACAGCAAGUCUUCAGCCAAGCCCUCGCGCGAACGUUACGCGCAAACUCUAUGGAGACAACUGAACGCGAAGCUCGAGGAGAGCGCGAAGGCGGAGUUUGACGAUAUCAUGCAUGAACGCGACGCAGUGAGGCAUCUGAAUGAGCUCGAUCGGCUGGUCGGGGAGGCAAGGCAUAGGAGGGACAAUGGUCAAGGCGAAAGUCGUCUAGCUCCGCAUACCUUGACCCCGGACGAACUAUAUCGCGCACAUCUAACACCUUACCUGCAAGAAGUCCAAUCAUCUUUGAACGCGAAAAUCCGGGCAACCGAAGCUCAGAACGCAGAGCUAGCCCGGCAUAUACAAGGCCAAAGAGCGGAGAUCGAAAGGCUACUGUCGAGCCUCGAGUCUAUUGUUACUGACGUAGAAGGUGCUGCAGCUGCAGCUACGCAUUUCAGCAAGGAGAAUGACCUUCGCCAGGAGGCAUUCAAAAUGGAUGAAGAAGUCAAGGCCAGGUCAGAGAUAUGA